AUGGAGGAGGCUCAAAAGGAGGGGUCAACAAAAACAGGGGGCUCUCUGGAGCAACUCAAACCCGAGGUCUUUGAGAAUGCAAAUACCAUAACCAAAUGGCUGCUGAGUCAAGCACAAGAGACCCAGACCCAAUUGGCCCAAGAGAUCUUUGACAAACUCCUGAAAGAAGCAUCUCAAUCCAGGCAAUACCACGGAAACGGCCAUGCCUGCGUCAAGCUCUGCAGUUUCGUCCAACAAUGCGCCAAGUCCAACGAUGAAGCCCUCAAGCAGUGGGCUUUCACCGAGACGCUGUCGACCAAGCUCUUCCAUUUCUACCUGGAAUGGUAUGAGCACGAUCCUCACCGGGCACUUAGGCUAGUCUUGGAUGUGCUUGUGGCCUCAUCUGCCUCCAACCCCUCUCCUGAGACCGGCAAAGCCAUCAAGGGCCACGUCGUCAAGACUCUUGUCUCGAUUGUCUCCCGUAAGUCGACGAAACAGUUGACCAAGUCGGGGCUGCAGUGCCUUGACCACCUUCUGAAUAAGAAGGUGAUUAACCUGGGAGAUAUUGCUGUUGAGUACGAGAAGGCGGAUACCUCGGUUGCCGAAGGCUUCACAAUUGAUGUUUGGAGGCAGUGGUUGCAAGAUGCCCUUACCCGAAACGCGGAGAUUUUGGAAGACAUCAAAAACUAUGUGCUCGCUCCCAUGUUCAAGACGGAAAGGGAAGCGGCCCUAUCUUUGCUCGAUAUGUUCAACCGAUGUCAGCCCCUGACUGCAAUUGGGGGUGGCUCCACGGACCAUGGUCAUCUGCUCCAGCUGGCUGCUCUUGAGCUUGGGAAAAAGAACGGCGUGGUGGAAGAACCAAGUACGGAAGAGAACCUACCUUCCCAGCCAGCGACGAAAAAGGUCAUUCUCCAGGGAACGCUCCUUGAUAGCCUGCUCGCACACCCCUCCGUGUCCGUCCGGUCGAGCGCCUUUUCCCUCCUGGUGUCUUCUCAGGCCACGACGAAACCCUUCUCGGAGGUAGCCUUCGAUCUCCUGAAAAAGCAUCUAGCAGCAUUCCAUGCGGAUUAUGACGCCAGGGUUCGCAACGAAGUCCUAGGCCACACCAAAAAUCUCAUCAAACGGGCCAAGAACAUCAUGACCGUCGCGCAAAGGAGCCUUUCAGCACACAAGGCCACUGAUGGCAAGGCUCAACCAGCGGCCCCCCAAAAGAAGUUUGGACCAGAGGUCGCGCUGAAGGACGCGUCUGAAGCAAAGGAAGUUCUUGACCGCCACCAGGCGUUCCUCGAUUGGUACAUGGGUUUCCUCCGGAAUGAACUCCUCCCCACUACAUCUUACCAACGGCAUGUGACCGCCAUUAAAGCAGCGCUGCUACUUCUCCGAGUGGGAAAGCACGCAGGCGACACGGACGACAUUGUCGACGAGGACAUCGCUAAGAUAAUAUUAUCCGAUUCCACUUGGAUUCGGCUUCUACUUGACCUCUUACUCGACCCGUUCGACGACGUUCGGGACGGUGCCGCGACUAUUUUGGGGUUGCUCCCCCCGGACAGCCUCAAGCCAAACACACAAACCACCCAAGACUUGCUUGAGGUCCUUAGGAGCUUUUGCGCACGGGCAAGCGCGCUCGCUGACAGAACCGGACGAGCUGAUCACGGCGAUGGUGCUGCUCGCUCUCAGGGGUUGUUGUGCAGUUGGCUGAACACACCUGACCUGCAGCUCACCCUUCUCUCUGACAUCUUGGAGCGAGUGGAAUCCAAGAUAUCUAAAGCGGAAGACGACUUGGGACAUGCAGCUAUUGAGAAUCCCGUGCAUGCUGACUUUGCGGCGAUAAGUUACGUAUGGCAUGUUCUCUCAAAGAGAACAUUCGCAGACGACAAGCUGGACCUUGUUCAUCAUUUACAGCGCCGCAUCUUUUUCUGCGCGCAGCAGAUCUGGUUUGCCGUCAAGCAUGUUCUGUGCGAUGACUCUCCGGAGGGUCACUUACCAGAAGAGUUGGAAGAAAUCGAGGGGUUGGACACCAAAGAUCUGUUGAGUUACAGCUUCCGUGCUGUUCAUGAGUCUAGUAAUCUCUUGCGCCUUCUGGUGUCGACGCUAAGGAUGAAGAACACCGCUGGCGUACCGUACCCCCCACUGGAUGUGUUCCGGGAAACUGGGUACUUGACCUUUGAGCAGCUCUCGAGCCUUCGCCAUCGCGGUGCUUUCUCAACCGUAUCAUACACUUUCACCACCUGCUGUCAACUGACGCAGACCCUGAAGAAUGUUUACUCGGAUAUUGAUGAAUCAGAGAACUUGCUGCGCGAGUGGUACCGGGGCGCGAUCCAGUGUAUCCUAACACAAGCAUCCACGACCCGUCGGUCAGCCGGCAUCCCAUCCCUCAUCGCGGCAGUCCUGUCGGCAAACGCCGUAUCGCCGUCCUUUGAAGAAGUUUACGGAGCCCUCGAAAGGAUAGGCAAGAAGACCGUUCUGAUGUCCGAGACGGACGGAUCCAACUUGCCUCAGGUGCAUGCUCUCAACUCGCUGCGAGACAUCUUCAGAAGCUCGCUCUUGAGCAAGAAGGCGGAAGGGUACUUGGCGAGAACCCUCCGUCUGGCGGCGAUAAGCUUGAGGUCGGAAGUCUGGGCAAUCCGCAACUGUGGUCUCCUUCUCCUAAGAAGUCUUAUCGACUGCCUACUCGGGACAGGCGAAAGCAAAGCAUCCAUCGAGUCCGGCUGGGAUGGGCAUUCGGUCCGCAUCUCGUACAACAAGUACCCAACUCUCCCCGGCGUUAUUCUUGAUCUGCUGCGCUCCGCGGACGCCACGCUCGAUCACGCAUCACCAUCACAGACCGGCGCGGCCGAGGCCGUGUUCCCCGCACUGGAUAUCAUUCGCCGCGCGGGACCGCCUGAUGAGCACCGUUUGGAGUUGCAGAAACAUAUCGAAGGGUAUCUCGGCAGUCGGCUUUGGCAUGUUCGGGAGAUUGCGGCUAGGACGUUGUGCUCGUUCUUGUUGAGGGGUGAUUGGGCUCGGGAUAUUUCCAGGUUAUUGGGAGAGUCGAAAGGGAGUAUGAAUCGGAUCCAUGGGACUUUGUUGACUGCCAGGUUUGUCUUGGAACGCAAGGUGGACUUGGGGGUUGAGCUUGCAUCUGACUCCGAAUCCGUUGACUUGCACCUAGAGCAGCUUGCACGGAAGCAAAGGCUUUUCGCACAUUGCGCCGAAGUCCAGGCAGCUUCCUUCGAGAUCGUCAACUUCCUGGUGAGCCAUGGGUGCCAAGAGCAAGUUGCAAAGUCGGGACUCUCAGCGGCAACAACGGCUCGAAACAAGUCCUCGUCGGCCUUGUUAAGUCUCCAUACCUCGCUGAACAUGGUAUACGAGACGGCACACUCCAAGGACAUUGGCAAGCUUCGCUCGGAGUUCUUGAGCAUUCUCGGCCACGAUAUCAACACGGCAAAUAGGGUCCUCGAAUCGAUCCCAGAGGCUUGGAAAUACGUUGACGGUACCGACGUCAAGACGGGCCUCUGCAGUCUGUACCUGGAAGCUUGCACAACUUCUUCGGCGCCCGAGGUCCGGACCCAAGCAUUGAGCAACCUGGCCUCGUUAAUGGACGAGCUACUGAAAAAGGGGAAAAUCGCCGAGCUACCUAGCGCGGAAAAACUUGACAACCUCUGGGUUGUCCUUCAAACGGGUGAUAUCAACCCCGGGCUGUCAUGCGCCAUUACCGAAACUAGCGGAACAAUUAUGGCCGCGUUGGUGUCUCGCGGUUCAAGUGACGGAUUGGAAAUAGCUAACCGACUUCGGAACUGGGGCGAGAUGCUCACAGAUUGCUUGGACGUCGACAAUUCCUUCGACACGCGCUACGCAGCCGCAUCCGCCCUGCGGUCCUUCUUCACCCAGACCAAGGGUUUACCCACCAGUACCACCUCCUAUCUCCCCGUGCUUUCGGCCCUUUACGACAGCCUGAUCGACGACGACGACGAAGUCCGCGAGACCGCGGCCUCUGCUGCCUCACACUUGCUUGGCACGCCAGUCGUCGCCCCUGUUGCUGCGGACCGGCUCGUGGUUUGGCUACGGGAGUGCUUUGGCUCUGGCACUAACGAAGCCGACACCAACGACGACGACGAAUUCGAGUUCAAAGCACGCGUCGUGUACCGGAUGGUUGGCCAGCCCUAUCCGCGUGACGACGAUGUCUUACCCGACUCGACUCCCUUCCUCCCCAGGCUCGGGCUAUCUCUGGUCCCAGCCAAGGAACAACUCCGUAAGGCGCUGGACUUCGAUGACUCACUGUUUGCAGCCGAAGAGCAGAACCUCUUCAUUGAUGAGGUUCGGGAGACGGUGCGGUGGCGAGAGGCGCUGGCCGGGAGCUACCGGGGGGCUCGGGUACUCGGCAAGAGGACGACAGAUACCACAGAUACUGCGGACGCCACGGGCACCAUCACUGCCGCCAGUAAUAUCGGCGAUGGCAGUCCGCUCAGCUGCCUUGGGGUGUGGGUUGAGGACGGACUGAGGUGUCUGAUUGGACUAGUUGGUGGAGGGAAUGAGGGAGAGGGAGAGGGCGAGGGAGAAGGAGAGGAGGAGGAUGGCCCGCUGGGAUGGACGUCCGAUCAGCAUGUGUUUGCCGUGUGUGCGCGGGUGCUGCUGUGCGCGGUGGCGAUAGUCAGGAUUGGAACGACGAUGGGUAGGACGGUGGGAGUGGACGACGACGGCGCUGCCCAGAUUGGGGAUCUGCUCAGGCAGUUUCGGGAGGCGGGGAAAAGGGGGAAGAUUCACGGGUCGUUGCUGGAGAUGGCCAAGGUUUGA